CUUAAAUAUUGCCUAUUAUUUUAAUUCUUUAUUUAUAAAAUUAUAUAUAAGCUUUUCAUUUAAUUUAUCUUACAAAUUUGUAAUAGAAAUAAUUAUAAAAUGUAUAUAAGCUGAAAGGCUUCUCAUUUAUUCGAACAAAUAAAUCAGAGAGACGUAUUAUUGCGCCAUCUAAGUUAAAAAGAUUCUGAUCGGACAGAAUUUUCCGUUAAAACAUAGAAGAUUUUACACAUUAUUUUAUUCGGCACGUUGAUCUGUUUUAUCUUACGUGACUUUACUUUUUUCCUAAAGAAAAUGACGAAUAUUUUAUUGAAAUUAAUUUCUUUCGGAAAUUCUAUAGGAUGAAAUUUAAGUGCACAUAGAAUUGGAUAGAGCAAACGAAAUGAGAUAUAUAAUUUAAAUAAUCAAGUAUUUUCUCACCUAUUAUUUUGCAUAAUUGAACAAAUACGAUCUUUAAUAAGUUAAAUAAGAUCUUAUUUUUACAAUGAACGUCGAAGAAAAUAGAUUGAGAACGUUUGCUGAUUGGCCUACUCAUGCUGCAGUAAGUGCAGAUCGCAUAGCCAAAGCAGGAUUUUAUUAUUCUGGUAUAGGUUUGGAAGUGCAAUGUUUUCUAUGCGGUACAAAAAUUUCUGAGUGGAAUUAUGGCGAUCAAGCUGUAACUCGUCAUCGUCAAGCUGCACCUGAUUGUCCUUUUGUUUUAAAUCCGUCCAAUACUUGUAAUAUACCUUUAUUGCCAGCAUCUGCUAAUGAUAGAGAUUUAUCAUCGUCCUCUUCUUCAGUGGAACAAGCCCAAUCCGAAAAUGUUACAGAAUAUCAGUGCUAUCUUUCAACAGCUGUAAGAAGUAAUGAUCCUCAAAGACAAUACAAAACUUUAAGGCAAAGAUUAGAAUCUUUUGCUAAUUGGCCAGUAUCUAAUAUAGUGUCACCUGAUAAACUUGCUAAAGCAGGUUUUUAUUAUUUACAACAAGCUGACUUGGUAGAAUGUGUUUUCUGUCGAGGUAUUAUAUUACAGUGGGAACUUGGUGAUGAUCCAGAAAGAGAACAUAGAACUCACUUUCCCAAUUGUGAUUUUUAUAUAAGAAGAGAUAAUGAAGAUGAUGUAGAAGAUUUAAUAAAAUUAACUAAUGUAAAAUUAAUGCCCGGUUCAACAACUGAUUUAAAAGAUUUAGGUAUUCAGGCCCAUACUGUACCACGAAGAUUAAAACAUGCAACAUAUGAAGGUAGACUGAGAACUUUCGAUGGUUGGCCUGUAGACCUAAGACAAACUCCAGAGAUGUUAGCUACUGCUGGAUUUUAUUACGUUGGAACUGAGGAUCAGGUCAGAUGUUUUCAUUGCGAUGGUGGUUUGCGUAAUUGGGAAGCAACGGAUGAUCCUUGGGUGGAACAUGCAAAAUGGUUUCCAAAAUGUGGUUUUGUUAGCAUUGUGCAAGGGCCAGAAUUUAUAAAAGAAUGUAUUGAUAAUAGACCACCUUUAGAUCCAGCUAUUGUAGGCAAUGUAUGCGAUAGUAGACCACCUUUAGAUCGAGCUAUUGCAGCCGAAACAUCCGAAACAUCCGAAGCAUCCGAAAGUAAUCCCGAAGAAAUUGUAGAAAUAUCUUCUGCAACACAUCCAACAGUUUCAACAUUACGUGAACAACUUAACGAUGCUUUCUACGAAGACAUGCUUCAAUCCGAACCAGCCAUGGCAGCACUUGAAAUUGGUUUACACGUUGAAGGAGUGAAAAAGGCUUUAAAAAAACGAAUAGAAGAGACUGGUGCUCCUCACGAUAGUGCAGAUCAACUUAUAGCAGAUGUCCUUCGAAAUCAAGCUAUGGACGAAGAUUCUCGAGCUGAAAGCCAAAACACUAAUUCAUCAAUUGACAAUUCAUUGGAUGUAAUACAAUAUUUUUUGAGUCUACUUAUAACCGAACAAACACUGAAUACUAGUGCAAGGUCGAUGAAUAAUUCAGAAGAUAGUAAUACCUGUCCUACAAUAAACAGGGAAAAUGAAAGGGAGAAUGUACAGGAAGAAUGUACAAAUUCUACACAAAGCUGUGAAAUAUCUGAUACUGAGGAUAAAGUGCUACAGAAGGCAAAUACUAACUCUGAAGUAUCUGAUUCGUUAGCGGAGGAAAAUAGAAGACUGAAAGAGGCUCGUCUAUGCAAAAUUUGUAUGGAUCGUGAAAUAGCUGUUGUAUUUCUACCAUGUGGUCAUUUGGCAACAUGUGUUCAUUGUGCUCCUUCUCUUACUUAUUGUCCGAUAUGUAGGCAAGAAAUACGUGCCACUGUUCGUACAUUUCUUUCCUAAGAUGCAAACUAAAAUUUUAACAGAUAUCUUAUCUUUCUCUUUAGAAAAUUCUGGCUCUCAUCAUAUCAGCACUCUUUAACUUUUACUCGCUUUUGUUAUAUUAUCACGCUGUUACGAUAUUACUAUGUUACAUCUAUAAAUGAAGGAUUUAUAUCUGUAUAGAUCAAUAACAAAAUUUAAAAACGUUGAGAAAACAAGCAUAUUCGAAUGAGGAUAAUCGGAUAACGUAGCGACGAAUCAUUUUUUUUUUUUUUUUUUUCUUUGAUGAGAAAUUUACACGAGAAGUUUUAGCUUAAUUUAUUUAAAUAACAACAUUGACAUAUCAAUCAUUAAAUAAACAUAAUCUAUACUACAUGGUACAAGGGAUUUAUUAAUUAAUAAAAUCUUAUAUUUGCCACAAUAUUGAACGUAUGAAUAUAGAGCUUUAUGCAAAUAUAAUAUUUUUAAAAAGUCAAUUAAUGCAAUCGCUAUUAUUUUGCAACGCGUUCAUUUUUAUUUAAAAGAAGAAAGAAUAACAUAAUAAUAUUAUAUUAAAUAUAAAUAAUGUAAUUUAUUUUACUAUUAAUUUGAUGAUAAUGAACUAAAUGUUCCUAUCUUUUCAAAAUAAUCUCAUAUAUAUAUAUAUGUAUACACAUAUUUUUUUUUUCUUCAUCAGAAAUUUGAAUGGAUUUUCUUCUUCGUUCUUAGAUGAUAGUAACAAGUCUAAUAUUGAAAAAUGAUUCUUAAGCUAAAAGAUAAAUUAUAGGUAAACGAACACAAUAAAAAAUACAAGGCAUCGAUCGUAUCCAUCUUGUUCUUUUAUAUCAAAAAAAAAAAAAAAAGAAAAAAAAAAAGAAAAAGAAAAAAACUUUUGAACACGCAUCUCCUCGUACGCUUAUCUGUUUUAUGAUUACAAGUCAAAAAAUACUAUGUAAAAUUUAAAUAUAUAUAUAUAUAUUAUAUAUAUAUAUAUAAUAUAUGUAUAUAUAGUCUAUUCUGUUAUGUAAUUGGAAACAACAAAUAUUAUAACUAUGAAGUCAAACAAAUCUGUUUACAAUCUUUGUUAGUAAAUAUUAUAGAUGCAUAUAUGUAAUGUUGACUGUCUAUUACUUAAAAAAAAAAUAUACAAAUUAAAUCAUUUAUAAAAUUAUUUUUCUAUAGCAUAUUAAUUUAUUAGAUUGUCAACAAUCCUUAAUACAUAUCACUCAUUCAUUUAUAAUGUUGAAUUGCCUUUAACUAUCCUCAUAUAGCUAUGCAAAAAGAUUCUUCUUUGAUAUUUUUGAUAGUCUUAAAAGGAAAUUCUAGAAGAAUUGUGCAUUUUUUUUUUUUAUUGAAAAAGAAGAAGAAAAGAUUACUUAUGACAGUAAGUUAUUUUUAUCUUUUUUUUUUUUACCUUUUACCUUUCCAUUAUCAAUUAUAGUCAAUAGAAUAGAGGAAAUUCCCUAAAAUGCUAAGAAAUGAUUUAUUUCUAUUAUAAAACGAAAUCUCUCUCCCUUUCUCUCUUUCACUAUUUAUCCAUCUAUCUCUCGAUAUAAGUGAAACAUAAAUGAAUUAAACUAAUGUUAUAUAUCCUUGUAUAUUUCAGAUAUCCAAGUAUAUAAUUUUUAUUUUUGUCUGAAUAAAAAAAAAAAGUUUUUCAUUAUAUUAUCCGAAUGACUCAAACUGAAACGAAAGUUCUAAGCUAUAAAAUAAUAUCAAAAUUCGUAUUUAAAAUAUCCAUUGACGUUAAUAAUAUUGCUUUUGUAAUCAUCUAUCAAUAAUUGCCAUAAGUUAUAUGACAGAGAGAGUAAAGCAACAAUAAAAAGACUGUUAAGACGUGGCAACGUUGUACAAAGAGUUAUGGGAAAAUUGUAUACAUUAUACCUUUAGAAAAGUUAUGCUAUUUUUGUUUAUAAUUAAUUAUUAAAAAUACAAAAGGAAAAUUUCUCCUUCGAACAUUUGUCCUUCUUUGCCUUUUAAAAUGACAAAUGUAGUAACGAGACAUCAUAGUAAACAAUUUAAAGUUGCCUCGUUUUAAUUAUUCACCAAUGAGAAAAAUGUGAAGAUAUUUUUAAUAGGAGAAGAAUGUUAAGGGGUGGGGAGGAGAAGAAAGAAAGAAAGAAAGAAAGAAAGAAAGAAAAGAGAGUAAAGAAAAGUAAAAAAAGAAAGAGAGAGAGAAAAACAAAUGAAAUAUAUCAAUCAAAUUGAAUGCAGAUGGCAGUAUUCUAUAUUUUAUAAUACGGCCUCGAGUUCGAAGCAAGGGAUUUUGUGGGGUUCUUCGAAACGAACAGCCAUUGGUGUGUCUUUACGUGCAGCUGCUUUCGUAACAACACCCAUACAACGUCGCGCAUAGAGCGUCUGAAUCUGAUCGUAUUCGUUCCUCUCGUAUUAUUUUCUUCUCUCAUCUUAAGUUAAUGGUACAUUCCUAUUUAUUUUUCAAGUUUACAUACGUUCGAUUUUAAUAAUAAAAUCGAUAUCUAUAAGAGUGUAAGUGACGACGUUCUCGAUUUAAAAUUAUUAUUAUAGAAAGCAAGCAAUCGAGGAAGCAGGAAAGAGAGAGAGAGAAAGAGAAGGAGGGAGAGAGAGAGAGAGAACAAGAAGGAAAGAGAACGUGCCGUUUUCGUGAAGUAUCGACGCAUAGUCGGACGAUUCUCAACUUAUUAACAAGGAUUCUCGAAAAGACGUUUUCUCUCUCUAAUCAACGUAAAUAAAAUACGUUUAAUCGUUUGACAAAAA